GAAGCAAAACAAACAAACAAUCGAAGUGACGCGAAAAAUCAGAAACGCGCUUUCUUGGUUCGCGAUCGCGGUUAAUCGUUUUUAUAAAAUAAAUUAUUUCAUUUGUUCGGAAUUGUGUGAUUUAGAACAUAACUUCCAGUCAUGGCCGAAGAAGAGCAGAUGCCCAUCAUCCCGGUGAAGGAACCGCUGGAUCUGAUUCGACUGAGCUUGGACGAGAAAAUCUACGUCAAGAUGCGGAACGAACGGGAACUUCGCGGGCGGUUACAUGCCUUCGAUCAGCAUUUGAACAUGGUUCUGGGUGACGCGGAGGAAACCGUAACCACGGUUGAAAUCGACGAAGAAACGUACGAGGAAGUGUACAAAACCACCAAGCGUACCAUUCCCAUGCUGUUUGUGCGAGGAGACGGCGUGAUUCUCGUUUCUCCGCCAAUGCGAGUAGGCAGCUAAAGGUACUCUUCAAUGUCUCAAACCCGUUUCCUAAUAAAACAAGAUCUACUAUAUUCAAUGGAACCAUA